CCCGGGGAAUUGGGAACGCGCCCGGGCCGGGACGCGGCGGGAACUGGACCCAGGGGGAGCGGGGACGCGCGGAGGCGGGGCGUGGUCGGAGUUCCGAGCCCGGUGCGCAGGGCGGUGACCCUGGUGACGGGGCUGGGACUCGGGGACCGGGGCCUCUGCGACGCGCCGGCGGGUUCCACGCGGAGCUGGUCUGGUCCCUGCGCCCGGUGCUGGCGGCCUAGCCAUGUUCACCUUCGUGGUGCGCGACGAGAACAGCAGCGUUUACGCUGAAGUCUCCCGGCUGCUGGUCGCCUCCGGCCACUGGAAGCGGCUACGGCGGGACAACCCCAGAUUCAACCUGAUGCUGGGAGAGCGGAACCGGCUGCCCUUCGGAAGACUGGGUCACGAGCCUGGGCUGGUGCAGUUGGUGAAUUACUACAGGGGGGCUGACAAACUGUGUCGCAAAGCUUCUUUAGUGAAGCUAAUCAAGACAAGCCCAGAACUGGCCGAGUCCUGCACAUGGUUCCCUGAGUCCUAUGUGAUUUAUCCCACUAAUCUCAAGACCCCAGCUGCUCCCGCACAGAAUGGAAUCCACCCACCAAUCCCUAACUCGAGGACAGACGAAAGGGAAUUCUUCCUGGCUUCUUACAACAAAAAGAAGGAAGAUGGAGAGGGCAACGUUUGGAUUGCAAAGUCGUCUGCUGGUGCCAAAGGCGAAGGCAUCCUUAUCUCAUCCGAUGCUGCAGAACUUCUGGAUUUCAUAGACAACCAGGGCCAGGUGCACGUGAUCCAGAAAUACCUCGAGCGCCCUCUGCUCCUGGAGCCCGGUCAUCGCAAGUUUGACAUUCGAAGCUGGGUCCUGGUGGAUCACCAGUAUAAUAUCUACCUCUACCGAGAGGGCGUGCUGCGGACCGCGUCAGAGCCGUACCACGUCGAUAACUUCCAAGACAAAACCUGCCAUUUGACCAAUCACUGCAUUCAAAAGGAAUAUUCAAAGAACUAUGGGAAGUAUGAGGAAGGGAAUGAAAUGUUCUUUGAGGAGUUCAAUCAGUACCUGGCAAGUGCUCUGAACAUCACCCUGGAGAGCAGUAUCUUACUACAAAUCAAGCACAUCAUAAGGAGCUGCCUCAUGAGCGUGGAGCCUGCCAUCAGCACCCGGCACCUCCCGUACCAGAGCUUCCAGCUGUUUGGCUUCGACUUCAUGGUGGACGAGGAGCUGAAGGUCUGGCUCAUUGAGGUCAACGGCGCCCCUGCUUGUGCUCAGAAGCUCUACGCAGAACUGUGCCAGGGUAUCGUGGACAUAGCCAUAUCGAGCGUCUUCCCGCCCCCCAGUGCCGAGCCACAGCAGAGCCAGCCGGCUGCAUUCAUCAGGCUGUGACCAGGGAGAAGCGCGGGUCCUGCUCCGGGGGAAGCAGAGAGGUCCGAUCGCUCCACCUGAAGCCAAAAUGAGAAAGAGGCCGCUCAUAAAGACGCGGUGGAGGAGAGAGCGUGAGAGCGAAGGUGACGCCCCAAGGGGCUCUCAGGUGGCGCUCUCUGCACUACUGUUGAGAUUUGAAAAGUGCAGCAAAUUUCCCCCCAAGGGGAGAGAAGAAUGUUCUUCUAGGGGGGAAAUGCCAGGAUUUGGUCCUUUUCUGUUUUUAUCCUUCAAAGAGCUGGAUUUCCAUCCCAAGGCAGUGUUGUGGCCGCGCCUCUUCCUCCUGGGGACCACUGGACCUCUGCUUGGUGUCUCCAUCUGCUGGAGCCUUUGUGCCUUAACUCUGUGCCCAGCUGCAACCUCUGUCUGCACGGGGAUGGGAUGCUAGAGCAUUUGGGAGCUUGCCAUAUGUCCUUGCUGGUCCCCCGUGACACUCUGCCUGUGAGAUCUGGACAGGCAUGCACUGGCAGCCCGCGGCUCCGUGCUGCACGCCGCCUCUCAGGGCAGGGCGUGGUCCCCAUCUCGUUCCUGAUGGCACUGGGUGGGUCUCCUGCCAGGGUUGGUGCAGGCUGGGCGCCAACAUACCCCACACUGUUCUCAGUCUUCUCUCUGCAUGUUUUAGAAGCUGAGCAGCAAGUUUGCCACAAACUCGUUAGCAUCAAAUAAGCAUGAGAGGAAAAAAUUAUGUCUUGCUACAUAGUUGGGUGUCCUUGAAAUAUGGUUGGAUCUGUUAUCUGUUUUAACCAGAAUUCUUCAUGCACUUUUGCAAAAUUCCCUGCUGCUCACUCUUUUUUGGUUUUCACUUUUGUGAAAACCCCUCUACAGGGAGGAAGAAGGUAGAACUCCCCUCCCCAGCAGGGGGCACUGUCCCCGACACAGGCUUCUCUCCAAGCACCUUCUGUGGGAAGUGGAGAGGCAAGUUUUGUUCCAGCGAGGAGUCUGUUUCGGGGAGAGGCUCUCAGUGAGUGUCUGCCUCACCUGAAUGAGAGUCUCAAAACAAGAAGGAUGUGGUUUUAGAGUUUCACACAGCAUCUCGUAGGUCAACAGAUGUGUCCCGUUAGGUGUGGUUUUCACUUACUGGAUUGAAGAGUAGUAUUCUACAGACUUUUCAACGAGGCCACGUGGGAAGAAUGAGAUCCACUGGUGUUCGCUGGGUUGCAUGAACUGCCCUCCUUAGGGAGGGAUGGGGUCACAGCAGACCCAUCGGCAAGGCACCCCCCCUCGGGGCGUGGCGCGUGCUUGCUUCCUGUACGUGGGUACUUCGUUAGGCAUUCUACUUGCACACACACACACAAAAAGCAGUUCUGUAAUUGGGAGAUGUUUUUAAAAAGAAGAAAAAGCAAUAGUUCCUAAAAUCUGAUGAGAUGUGGAAGCUUACACGUGGGCAUAGGUUGUGAAGGUGUGAUGUCCGGUGAAGUGGAGAAAGGCCCAGCCAGGCUGCCCGCAUGGCAGGGGAUCUGGAAUUACAAAGUGAAGUCCUGGUGACCCAGGGUGCAGACUGUAACGUUGUGCAGAGCACAGCAAAACUGUCUGUGACUAAAGUCACUUCUGGAGGCAGAGUAGCUGCUGGGCUGGUGUUUGGGGACUUAGCAGAUCGUGGCCAGGUGCACACCGGUAUAGAGAGUGUAGGGUACUGGAUUUUUAGGAGGUCUGUGUGAGCUGGAAAUGGGGAGAGCAUGCAGGUGUUUGUAGCACUCGCCCACAUGAACACAGAUGUGCAGUAAUCUUUGGGACCUAAAUCAAUUACAGGAAUGUUGGAGGGUUUUCCAGCUGCUCCCGCGACAAAGCUAAGGAUUCAGAUGUUAGGAAGUCUGGGACUGGACGGACUUUGCUAGCAGACCUGAGUCAAUAGCAUAUAUGUGAAGGAAGUGAGGCUCUAAAAAGAAAGUGAUACCUCAUCCCUUACAUCUUCUCAAUAAAUAUCUAUUUUAUGUGUUUAUUUCCAAUUGGGGUGGUCAGCUCAGAACUCUUCCAUGCCCUUCCAAGCUCUCCUUGCACAGAUGGUCCUGCCUCGCUGCCCAGUCGGUCUUCUUGCCUGUGUCCAUGUUCGUGUGGCCAGCUGCUGGGAGGAGGUGUUGUUCAUUGGAGAUGUCCUCUCCAGUGGUGGCUCUGUCAUUGGCUGCUCAGGGUCAGAUGAGUCGUAACCUCUCUGUGCCUUAGUUUCUUGUCUCAUGGAAGAGAUCGUUGCCUGACCCAGGACUACCUCACAGGCUUUAGCGAGGACAAGUGAGAUUAGGGAGACUCAAGAACCUGAAGUGCCGAGGUUCCCGAAGCUGGCUGUGCACUGGAACCACCGGGAAGCUUCUACGUGUUGGCGUCCACACUGUGCCCCUGAGCCCACGACGAUUGAAUCAGAACCUCGGGCAGCAGUGUGCUUUGCGGCGCUGUGAGAAGGAAGGACAGACACAUUAUUAUUUCCUUGGAAGAAUCAAGGGCUUUAAAAAAUUCCUUUUAGAAGAACAGGCAUUUCUUUCCGAGUGACCAGGCGUUGCCAUGUGUAUUCAUGCUACAAACAUGCCAUCUAAGCAGGUUCUCUCUUCGCUUCUUGUCACACAUGCCUCCAUCUACUUAAACAGUUUGUGAAGCCUUGGCAACAAGUGUAAACAGACAGGAAUUUAUAAAACCUGAUAAAUAUGCAUUAAUGUUAUUAAUUAAUGAUUGAGAGAAAAGACGCUUUCCUCACACUUAACUCCUGUGCUAUUUACGAACCGAGUUUCCACCAGAACAUCCAAGUGCCUCUGUCUUUCCGGUGUGAUGGAGCAGGUGCCUGCACACUCACGGCCGACGCGGCUUUUCCCUAGCACCUUGGAUGUUCGUCACAGACCUGGAGUCUGUGGCAGUGCUGGGAAGGCGUGGGGUCCACAGAACUCAAGGGGCAGCGAAGCUACAAAGUGUGUUUCCCGGUUGAGGUCGUGCCGAGCGGGGAAGGUCCAGCCCUGCGGUGCCUGUGGCGGGGACUCUGCUAGAGGAGACGAGGCCCCGGCGUGGUCGCCGCAGCACGUGGGUGCCGUAAAGGAAAUUCAGUGAUACGCUUGUCUCUGAUCCGGGACACAAACUCUGUACCUAAGAGGAAAUGACUUCUUAAAGGAGAUGAUUUUAUGAAUGUUUUAAAUGCCUGGAGCAUUAAAGUAAAGUAAUAGUAU